AUACUUCAGUGAAUAUUUGUUGCUAUGGUUAUAUUGAACUAACUUCUUGCUUUUAUUACAAUCAACUGCAUUCGAAACGGUUGUGGCGAUGGAUAAAAAAGUUUUGUUGAAAAGAAUAUCAAAAAAGUCAGGUAUUAAGCUCCCUCCAAUAGAAGAUCAAAAUGACAAUCAAAUUAAGACAAUUAUAGACGUAGAUCCAGACUUUUAUACUUUAGUAGACGGAAGACCGAUUCGACCUGAUACUUCAAUUCGUAAGUAUAAGAAAUAUAUCAAAGAUGUUGCAUUAAAAAGAACAUUUCAUGGUUUCCUCUUAGAUGAAAUAUUGCGCAUAGAUAAAGAUAUUAAAACAGAGAGAAAAAUAUACGAAACUGCAUCGAAACAUUUUAGUGAAUGUCAAGAAAGUUUUAAUAAAUUUUUAGCGGAUGAUAACAAUAAGACUAUUGUUGUAAUGAAAAAAUCUGAUAAUUUGGAUAAGGAGUUAGCAAAUCAAAUAGAAGAACACAAAAAAGCGAAUUACGAAUUAGCAUCUCUCAGAUCUAAGUUGCAAUACAUUGAUGAGACAUUGCAAAUUUUAAUUUCGUUUCAAAAAUUUUUAUAUAACGCUGCUCCAGUAUUAUGGCAAGAUAAUAAUAAAUUAAAUUUAGUAACGAGUAAUUUGGAUAUUUUCACUUUGGAUUCAGAUAUAUUUUGUGAAAUUAAUGUGAACUCAGUGAUAGAAAAAUUGAGAGAACUGCCCCCAGCUGUACUGUAUUUUGAAAAACCAGCACAAAUUCUAAUUAUUUUUCAAUCGCUAGAGCAGCAAAAUUUAAAUUACCUUUUAAAAACAGUAGAACUACGUUCGGAAAAGAAUAGAUUUUUAAAAUCAGCCAGCCUUCUUGAAGAUUUACUUCGAAAUGAGUUGGAUUUCAUACAAGAACAGAUGCAUUCAGUUCAAAAAGCUAUUGAAGAGGAUGAAAAGAGAGAAAAAGAAUUGAAAGAAGAAUUUUACAAUAUCUUGAAUGACAAGAUAAAGUAUUUGAUAUGCUCAGAAAGUGUAUUAAAAAUUUCUAAUUACGUAGAGUUUGCUUACGAACAACUAAUUGGUCCAAACGAGACUCACCUGAGCACUUUGGACCAGGUUCUUGCGUUAGAACAAGAAUAUAACUCCGUAAUGUUGGAACUAUCUGCCUUCGAUUUAAAUGAAGUCAAGUCUAUUGAAAAAAUAAUCUACGAUGACGGAGCCAGGGAAAUAAAGCAAGCGAAAGAAGCUGCUAAGAUAUUAAAAGAUUUAUUUUGUAAUAUUAUUUAUAUAAUGUCGUGCCUACAUAAAGAGCGAAAACCCAUGGUUCCUUUAAAAACUUUAGAUAUAAUUUUUAGAAGAAGAUAUGUACCGAAUACUCAGCAUUAUUUCACCGACCGUCGUCACGCAGUACGCAAAGAUGAAGGGAAAAGAAAAGCGGAGCCAUUCCGAAUACCAAGAUCUGAGAAACUUCUAUCAUAUAUCAAAUACAGCGACCAGCAGGAAAAGAAUUAUAUGAGGAAAAGAUUAACUCAACCUCUACAUAUGAAAGACAAUUUACGAAUGGCUGCUACGAGAGAUAUUUCAGAACGACUCUUUAUCGAAGAAACCAGUGAUAGUGUAAGAGCAGUUGUAGAAAUUCAUCCAGAAUUUUAUUCAGUCAUCGAAGGUCGCCCACUGCGUUGUUUUGAUGAUAUAAAAGUGUAUAUUAACAAUAUACGUAGUUACGCUAUGGAUCGACAGCAGAUUGGUUACAGACGAGAUUUAAUACUAAAUAUCGAUAAAAGUAUUAUGGAGGAAUCCACGGAGCAUAACAAAAUUGUAGAGAACUUGAAGCGUCAUAUACAAAAUUUCCAAAAAUUUCUAACAGAAGACUACAAAAAGGCAUGUCAGAAAGUUUCAAAAGCAGAAAAACUUUACAGCGAAUUGGUCGCCAAAAAUUCUCAAUUUUUAAGUUAUGUUUCAACUUUAACCCUUCUGAAUAACAUUAUUUUUAAACUAGACGCAAUUAGAGGUGUUUUGAAGAUUUACAGACGAUUUUUGUUGUUUGUUGCUCCUCUUUCGUGGCGGCAAAUUUAUGACGAGACAUUAAGGGACAGAGUACGUUCCAUCCAGUUUGAAUCUGGACAAUUUGCUACAGAUAAUGACCUAGUGGAUACUUUGGAUAUCGACAAAAUUAUUGAAUCCGCAAAAAUUGAAUUUAAAAAUCCUCUACCAGCGCACAUGUAUUUUAAGACGCCUGAACAAAUGAUGUACUUAUUUCGUACUAUGGAAUUACAGAGUAGAGAAUAUUUAAUCCAGCUAUCCAAAACGAAUGUACCAUUUCGUUUGUUACAAGAACGAAUUAAGCAAUUAAAACAAGCAACGAAACACGAACUUGAUUACUUUCAAUUUUAUAUUGAUAGUAUUAAUUAUGAAAUAGAGCGAGAAAAUCACAAUGAACAACUUCUACAAGAAAAAUUCUUCCGUAUUUUAAACGAUACAUUUUACGAAAGUGUCGCCAGUCCUGACACUUUGAAGCUUAAAAUUUGCAUCGAAUACGUUUACGAACAAAUUUUUGGUAAAUGUGAAGAAGGCCACCAAAGUCUACACGAUCCAAUGAAGAUUUUGGAGGUGAUGUAUGAAGAUUAUAAUCUGCGGUUAGAUGCUUUAGACUUUAAAAUUGUCAAUCAAGCGAGAAAUGACUUCUUUUCACAAGAUCUAAAGACAAUGAUGAACGCUUACAAGGCACAGCGAGAACUGAGAGCAUUCCGAGAAAUGACGAAUGCUAUGAAUAAAGCAUUUUUACCUCCUGCAAAAUUUUCAAGACCUCCAUCAGUAAAAAGUGUUUUAAUAAAAGCUAAAAAGAAGCACGCCAGUACAAGAAAGUCUAUUGUAGAGGAAGAAGACGAAGUGAAGUCAAAACAUAAAUUAACAGCUGACGAAAAAGAGGGUUUAAUAUUUUUUACAGAGUGGUGUGAAGGAUUGGAUCCAACACCUUUUCUAAAAGAGUAUAAUGAAUUUGUACGACCCGUUUUUAGAAAAACUCCUAAAUUAUCAGAUUAAAUAUGUAUUUGUUUCUUUUUACUUAACAUAUGGUAUUAAACAUUUACAGCA